UGGGGACAUGUGACCGACUGCAGAGGCCGCGCCGCCUCCCCCGCCCGAAGUCUGCGCGCUAGCCUGGGUUUGGGGCGCAAGAGCAGAGGUGGAGCCAGGGCGGAGCCAGCGCGCCCCGUCCCCGCGCCUUUCCAAUCGAAAGCGAAACGGAGGGCUGGAAAGGAAGGGCGGAACCGGCCUGGAGGCCCCGCCCCCUCCCCUGAGAGGCAUCUGGACAGACGGGCGCGCCCAGGUAGGGGGGCGCUGAGCGCCCAGUGCGGACCCUCGCGGGGACCUGCGCCGCCACCAUGUCUCAGGAAGGUGUGGAGCUGGAGAAGAGCGUCCGGCGCCUCCGGGAGAAGUUUCAUGGGAAGGUAUCCUCCAAGAAGGCGGGGACUCUGAUGAGGAAAUUUGGCAGCGACCAUACCGGAGUGGGGCGCUCCAUCGUGUACGGGGUAAAGCAGAAAGAUGGACAGGAACUGAGUAAUGACCUGGAUGCCCAGGACCCCCCAGAGGACAUGAAGCAGGACCGGGACAUCCAGGCAGUGGCGACCUCGCUCCUGCCACUAACAGAAGCCAACCUACGCAUGUUCCAGCGUGCCCAGGAAGACCUCAUCCCUGCCGUGGACCGGCAGUUCGCCUGCUCCUCCUGUGACCAUGUCUGGUGGCGCCGCGUGCCCCAGCGGAAGGAGGUGUCCAGAUGCAGGAAAUGCCGGAAGCGCUACGAGCCGGUGCCCGGUGAAAAGAUGUGGGGCGUGGCUGAGUUCCACUGCCCAAGAUGUCGACACAACUUCCGGGGCUGGGCACAGAUGGGAUCCCGGUCCCCCUGCUACGGGUGCGGCUUCCCCGUGUAUCCGACACGGAUCCUCCCUCCACGCUGGGACCGGGACACAGAUCGCCGCAGCACCCACACCCACUCCUGCUCGGCUGAGGACUGCUACAAUCGGCGAGAGCCCCACGUGCCUGGGACGUCCUGCGCACACCCCAAGAGUCGGAAGCAGAACCACCUGCCCAAAGUCCUGCACCCCAGCAACCUCCACAUCAGCAGUGGCUCCACUGUGGCCACCUGCCUGAGCCAGGGGGGCCUCCUGGAAGACCUGGACAACCUCAUUCUGGAGGACCUGAAGGAGGAGGAGGAGGGCGGGCACGGGGAGUGACCCCUGCCAGAUGCAGAUGCAAACCAGACACGGUCUCAGCUCAGCUGUCUCCUCCUCAGAAGCCCUCUUUGAGGGACUUCCCUGGUGCCACAGUGGUUAAGAAUCUACCUGCCAAUGCAGCGGACACGGGUUCGAUCUCUGGUCCGGGAAGAUCCCACAUGCCUCAGAGCAAUGAAGCCCGUGUGCCACAACUACUGAGCCUGUGCUCUAGAGCCCAUGAGCCACAACUACUGAGCCCGCGUGCCACAGCUACUGAAGCCCAUGCGCUUGGAGCCUGUGCUCUGCAACAAAAGAAGCCACUGCAAUGACAAGCCCGCGCACCGCAACGAAGAGUAGCCCCCGCUCACCGCAA